CAACCCCCACCCCACUCUCUUCCUCGGAGGAGUUGAACUCAUCUCGAUCACACGAGCCUUCUCAUCUCUGUCUCUCCAUCCCACUCUUCCCCUGAGUCUCUCUCUUUCUCAAUCCAUCUGUUAACCUUGUUACAAACUGUCUGCUUAAUCAGUUCAAUGGCGGAUAGUGGUUCGGCGGUAGCCAAGAGAAUGUGUGUGGUGCCCGAACGAGCCAAACUGCACUUGGCUAUGCUGGCCUUGCAGUUUGGUUACGCAGGCUUCCAUGUUGUGUCCAGAGCUGCCCUUAAUAUGGGUAUCAGCAAGAUUGUUUUCGCUGUCUACAGGAACAUCAUAGCUUUGCUGCUUCUCAUUCCCUUCGCCUAUUUCCUAGAGAAGAAGGAGAGGCCAGCGUUGACAUCUUCUUUUCUUAUUCAGUUCUUCCUCCUUGCACUAGUCGGAAUAACGGCGAAUCAAGGAUUCUACUUGUUGGGAUUAGAAAACACUUCUCCCACAUUUGCCUCUGCUAUACAGAACUCCGUGCCCGCGAUAACCUUUCUCAUGGCUGCCAUACUCAGGAUAGAACAGGUAAGGUUAAAUAGAAGGGACGGGAUAGCCAAGAUGGUGGGAACCCUAUCGUGCGUGGCCGGAGCUUCUGUCAUCACACUCUACAAGGGGCCUACCAUAUUUGGUCCAGCCGCGCCGCAUUUACAGGAGACGAAUCUGUUACUGUCGACCUUGGGAGACGCCGAGGGGAAGAACUGGACCUUGGGUUGCAUCUACCUCAUAGGUCACUGUCUCUCCUGGUCUGCUUGGCUUGUCUUGCAGGCCCCAGUGCUAAAGAAGUACCCGGCGAGGCUCUCCGUCACCUCCUACACAUGCUUCUUCGGUGUGCUUCAGUUCCUGGCUGUUGCUGCAUUCAUGGAGAGGAACACCGAGUCUUGGAUGGUUCACUCCGGUGCUGAACUCUUCAGUGUUUUCUAUGCGGGAGUGGUGGCUUCAGGAAUAGCGUUUGCUGUUCAGAUCUGGUGCAUUGACAAGGGAGGCCCAGUGUUUGUGGCAGUGUAUCAGCCAGUCCAGACCUUAGUUGUCGCUAUCAUGGCUUCCAUCGCUUUGGGCGAGCAGUUCUACCUGGGCGGGAUCAUAGGUGCAGCGCUGAUCAUCACAGGAUUGUAUCUGGUUCUAUGGGGGAAGAGCGAGGAGAAAAAAUUCGCAAAGGAGAUGGCUGUGAAUGUGAUUGCAUCAUCCCCCUCUAUGGAACAUCCUCAUGGGAUCAUCAACAACAGGGCAGCUAGCCACGUCAAGUCCUCCUCCCUCGUCCAGCCACUUCUCCCUUCUUCUACUCCUACUGAUAAUGUUUGAUUUCACAAAGGCCACAAAUUUAAAAGCUUCAGCGAUUGGGUCGUCUCUUUGCAAUCUUUUUUUAAUUAUUAAUUAUGUUUAAGUGUUUUUUAAUUACUUCUCAGAAAGAAGAGGAGAAAGCUUAAUAUUGUGUGUAUUUAUCAAGUUAUGUUCUUUUCCACAUUUUAAAGAGAGAUUGAUGGAUGAUCUUGUUUGA